UGUCAACAUGGCAGAGCAAUGGACCGCAGUGCCCACUUCUAAUAUGGCGGCGCUGAACCGGGCUGGAUCAUUGACUGUUAUAUUCUUAAUUGUCAGCAGUUGUCUGAUCAGUAGCGUUGAUGGCAAAGACGCGCCAGAAGAGACUGUCAUCAUUGGCCUCCGGCUCGAGGACACCGACGAGGUGUCGUUUAUGGACAAAGGCUUUUUGCGCGUCAGCGAGCGCUCUCGUGUCAGGUUAAGGGUCUAUGGGCAAAACAUCAACAACGAGACGUGGUCCAAACUCGCCUUUACGGAACACAGCAUCGGCAGCGGACCUGCGGAGAGCCAGAGUUCCGGAGACGCACCUGCCUCGCAUCCCUGCGGCAUCCGAUCCUCUGAUAUCAUCAUCCUUCCUAACAUGGAGGUAAACAGAAAGACGUCUGGGAUUAUUGAAAUAGAGGUGAAACCUCUGCGAAAAACUGAGAAGAGUAAAGUGUAUUACCUGUGCAUCGCCAUCGCCACACCUGGCGCGCAGGACUCCUGGUCCGAGAGCACCUGGAUCUAUCACGAGGGGCAUGACACUAAAGUUAUCGUGGUGGAGGAAAAAAAGUUCCUGCUGCCUUUCUGGCUGCAAGUGAUUUUUAUUGCCAUGUUGCUGUGUUUGUCCGGCAUGUUCAGCGGGCUGAAUCUGGGACUGAUGGCGCUGGAUCCCAUGGAGCUCCGGAUUGUCCAAAACUGCGGGACUGAGAAAGAGAAGAAUUACGCGAAGAAGAUCGAGCCAGUCCGGAGCCAAGGAAACUACCUGCUGUGCUCUUUGCUCCUGGGAAAUGUUUUGGUCAACACCACUUUGACUAUCCUGCUCGAUGACAUCGCAGGAUCAGGGCUGAUCGCUGUCGUGGUGUCCACUAUAGGCAUCGUGAUUUUUGGAGAAAUCGUGCCACAAGCCAUCUGCUCCAGGCAUGGGCUCGCCGUGGGCGCAAACACUAUACUCCUGACUAAAUUUUUCAUGAUCCUCACUUUCCCCGCAUCAUAUCCCGUCAGUAAACUCCUGGACCACGUGCUGGGGCAGGAGAUCGGCACUGUGUACAACAGGGAGAAGCUUCUGGAGAUGCUCAGGGUGACAGAUCCGUAUAACGACCUGGUCAAAGAGGAGCUCAACAUCAUCCAGGGUGCUCUGGAGCUCAGGACUAAAACUGUGGAGGAUGUCAUGACGCCUUUGCGAGACUGCUUCAUGAUUGCCGCUGAUGCCAUCCUGGACUUCAACACCAUGUCUGAGAUCAUGGAAAGCGGCUACACGCGAAUACCUGUGUAUGAAGGCGAGAGAUGUCAUAUUGUAGAUCUGCUGUUUGUCAAGGACUUGGCCUUUGUGGAUCCAGAUGACUGCACGCCGCUGAAAACCAUAACCAAGUUCUACAGCCACCCUCUGCAUUUUGUCUUCAAUGAUACAAAGCUGGAUGCCAUGCUAGAGGAGUUUAAAAAAGGUAAAUCCCAUUUGGCCAUUGUUCAAAGAGUGAAUAACGAAGGAGAGGGAGACCCAUUCUAUGAAGUUUUGGGCAUCGUUACGCUAGAGGACGUCAUUGAAGAAAUCAUCAAAUCUGAGAUUCUAGAUGAAACAGACUUAUACACUGACAACAAGACAAAAAAGAAGAUAGCUCACAGAGAGAGGAAACAGGACUUCUCUGCUUUCAAACCCACAGAUAAUGAAUUGAGAGUGAAAAUAUCACCACAGCUUCUUCUGGCCGCACUGCGUUUCCUGGCAACUGAGGUGGAGUCCUUUAGUACAACUCAAAUGUCAGAGAAAAUCCUCCUGCGCUUGCUGAAACAUCCUAAUGUCAUCCAGGAGCUCAAAUAUGAUGACAAAAACAAGAAAAUGUCAGAGCACUACCUCUUUCACCGCAACAAGCCUGUGGACUACUUUAUCCUCAUUUUGCAGGGGAAAGUGGAGGUUGAGGCUGGAAAGGAAGGGAUGAAGUUUGAAGCUGGUGCCUUCUCUUAUUAUGGAGUGCUGGCUUUAACCUCCUCACCAGUUCCUCUCUCCUUGUCUCGAACCUUUGUGGUGAGCAGGGCAGAAUCACUGGCAGGAUCUCCAGAAAAUAAGUCACCUCCACGACCGUUCGGACUCAACCACUCGGACUCCCUGAACAGGAGUGACCGGAUGGAGGCGGUCACUCCUACACUGGGCAGCAGCAACAACCAGCUCAACUCAUUCCUGCAGGUCUACGUGCCAGACUACUCAGUGAGAGCCGCGUCUGACCUGCUCUACAUCAAGGUGACCCGCCAGCAAUAUCAAAACGCCCUGAUGGCGUCCCGCAUGGACAAGACGCCCCAGUCCACAGACAGCGAGUUCACCAAGAUCGAAUUAACCUUCACAGAGCAUCAGGAUGGACCACUGGACGAGUCGGCCACUCUUCUGACCACCAACGCACACAAGUCCAACCACACCGGCCACAACGACGGAGCAAUUUAACCACCCUCAGUGGAGAGAGAUGGCAAAAGAGCGUGAACGGCUCCCUUAGCCCCUCCCUUUCCACGUACUGAGCGAGAGGCCUUCUCGUACACCGGGCAGCUUCACUUUGACAUAACGAGUCCUCUCAUCACGGUCGAUUUUAAAGGGGAACGCACGCAAAGACUACAAUGUGAAGGGCCGCAUAUCCCACAAUGCAUGCACUAAUGACCUUAACACCUUUUGUAGGCAGCGGAUCAGUCAGGGACCACUACAUCAUUCUCGCUCGAGGACAGACACACUUGAAAUACACACUUUCAUUUCGAAGGAGCAGGGUGAUGACCCACACCACACCUCGACCAGACACGUACCAGAAGGACAAAGAAAUAACGGUGCCUUUAGACAGCGCUCGGUUACUGUCAACAAAAGAGGCCCCCAAGGGCCCAGGCCGACACGGAGCUCUCCGAAAUCUUCCAUUCGACCCAGGAAGCCUGAGCAGAUGCAGCGACAGAUGCGAUAUCAGUGACCGGGAGGCUUGUAAACACUCGACGUUUAGCCAGGAUACAUCUCAGCCUAUCAGAAGAGGCCUCACGACCAAAGACAUUUGGCAUAGACAGGAUAAAACAGGCGGGAUAACUGUGGGUCCUUCAAGAGAAUUUGUUACAAAUACAGCGGCCUCGGACAUGACACGCGUAAGCAGGCAAAACGGCGUUUGUCUGGACUGUGCCAAAUAACACCAACAACAAUUUCAGCGAUUUCCUCUGCCCAGGUUUAUCCACGUCACGCGCAGAUGUGCAACGUACAGCGUUCGCAGUACAAAGAAAUCAAGUGUUUACAUAUGAGGGCCUUUUUCAUCUAUAUAUAUAUAUAUAUAUAUAGAGAAAGAGAUUUUUUACGUCAAUCCUGAUUGUGCUGAGGUACAGCGUCACCUAUUUUAAGGUGAAUAGAGUAUACGUCUCAUGACUGGUUCCAUUUUUAUGUACGUCGGACCACUUUAUUAACAAUACGUUUUUGAUUUUCAGUGCUUUUGUUGUAAUCACAUAACUCUUAAUUUUUAAAUGAAACAUUUUGUAUGUCACAACUACCUUUCUUCAGAUAGUUGCUAGCUGUAUUUAGGACCUCAAAGACACUAUUUCAGGAACUUACACCGUAACUUAUAUCUCAUCUACAGAUUCCAUAAUUGCUUUUAUCUUAUUAUUUGUAUUAUUUUUUAGAAAAGCUAUUCAUGUAAGACUCAAUGUCAUGGGAUUGUAAAAGAGGUACUUGAUGAUUUAUUGAAUUUAAAACAGAUGAAAAAGGAAAAUAAUUCAGCAUUAAUGUAUUUAUUUAGGUUUAUCAUGACAAGAUUGCAUUAAAGGGAUGGCUCACCCAAAAAUGAAUUACUCACCCUCAUGUCGGUCCAAACACGCAAGACCUUAAUUCAUCCUCAGAACAUAAAUUAAGAUAUUUUUGAUGAAAACCAAGAGCUUUCUGAAGGUCUUUGCACAGAGUCCGAAAUUUUCACACGUUAAAAAAGAAAUACGACCUCACGUUUACACGCUGCCUCUGAAACUUUAGUCCGUCAUGGAAAAUCGGAUCAGGUUCGAUUUUCUGCGUUUUCGCAUCUAUAGCAAGCAUUUUCGUAGGAACGGAUGAAGAAUAUGAAAAAACGGAAAAAACGUAUACGAAAAUUUCAGACUCAGUGUGCAAUGACCUUGAAUCCACAAUUUUCAUAUGCGUUUUUUCGUAUUUGUCAGCUUUCCUAUCAAAAUGCUUGCCACGGAUCCAAAAAUGCAGAAAAUCGAAUCUGAUCCGAUUUUAUUUUUAUUAUUAUUAUUUUUUUUUAUAACAGAUGAAAACUUUGAAGGCAGUGUGUAAACGUGAUUGACACAAUGCGAGAUCAUAUUUAAAUUUUGGACAGUGUGCAAAUACUUUGAUACUGCAUAGACUACCUGAAGGUCUAAAAAAGUAGUAAGGACAUCGUUAAAAUAGUCCAUGUGACAUCAGUGAUUCGACUUUUUACGAAGCUACGGGAAUACUUUUUGCGUGCGAAGAAAACGAAAAUAACGACUUUAUUCAACAAUUUCUUCUCUUCGAGGUCAAGGUGCGUUGUGCCCAUAGACUGUAAAAAAUAUGGACCUAGUGUCCGUAACGUCACCCGCAGGUUUCUGAAGAGCAUUUUUAAAGCUCUAAGUGGGCGGGCGUCAGCCCUCGCCAUCUUGGAAUUGUGUCACUCUACGUCACUCCUGGAUAAUCGAAAAUGGGCAAAGAGGCAGGACAUAGGUGGAGCUGGUUGCUGAAACCACGCCCACCUAGCGCGACGGUGGUGACGGCAGCGACAAUCCACCUGUCACUCAAGUGGCCACACCCUAAAUUAUGCAGAACUUUAAGGCUUAAUAUAAUUUAAACAGAUGAGUUAUAAAAAAAUUCACUCCCCUCAUAGUUGACAUGAAGGGCAAAAUUAGCUAUAUACACCAAAACCACUUUUUGUACCAGGUUGUAAACAUUUUUUUUCUGCUGUGAAGUUGGCCAUUUUAACAUGGGGAGUCUAUGGGAUUGACUCCCUUUUGCAGCCAGUCUCUAGCGGCCAGUCGAUGAAUUGCAGUUCUAGUCACUUCCGUGUUGGCUUCAAGAGGGAGACCGGGAGGUUGCAGCUUGGUUGUGCCUUGUUUACAAGCAGAGGAAUGCACACGCAUGGGUCGUGGUCAGGGUUGCCAGGUUUUCACAACAAAACCCGCCCGAUUGCUACUCAAAACUAGCCCAAUGGCGUUUUGGAGGGGGUCCCCCGGUAAAAAUCGCGUUUGGGGGUUAAAAUACACUUUUUGGUAGGGUUCUACCGGUAAAAUCGUAUUCCAGAGACUAAAUAUCACAUUUUGAGGUCUCUUUAACCCCUCGGACAUGAAAAACAACCCACAGCAACAGUUUUAAAGUAGACCAAUUCCACGGGAAAACCGCGGACUUGGCAACACUAGUCGUGGUACGUGGUGCGCGGCGGAGAACAGAAAGAGAAGAAGUCGUUAAAUAAAUUCGUUAUUUUUGUUUUCUUUGCGCACAAAAAUAUUCUCAUAGCUUCAUAACACGACGGUUCAACCAUGGACUUUUUUAACGAUGUCCUUACUACGUUUUUGUGGCUUGACUGAGGUAGUCAGAGCUCUCGGAUUAAGCAAAAAAUAUGGUAAUUUAUAUUCCGAAGAUUAACGAAGUUCUCACGGGUUUGGGGCGACGUGAGGGUGAGUAAUUAAUAACAGACUUUUUAUUUUUGGGUUAACUAUUUCUUUGACGCUCUUUAUACAAAGGGGAACGAAUCUCUGGCUGAUGUUUUUAUCCGCUGUUUUUUUUUUUUUUUUUUUUUUUUUCAAAACCUCCUGAGUCGCUUCUUUUAGAAGCGUAAAGCCGCUGGAUAUCAGGACUUUCACGUCUCAAGUGUUUAUGUAGCAACCUCUCAGUGCAAUAGUGCAACAGCUAUGCAGGGACAAUCAUGACCAAUUAAUGUGCUCACAGGUAGAAAACAAAAAAUCCGAAAGUAAACUAGCUAGAAUUUAAUAUGAGACUGAGAGGUAGAGUAAAUCUGUUCGAUUAACGUAACUACUGUUGGGGCUUGAGAUGUGAACUAGUGAUUGUUGAACACUAACAAAGGCUUCGGUCAGCAUUCCUGUUCUUCUGUUACAUCGGCCGCUUAUUCCAGUUUUUUCGCACUGUGUUUAAAAAGGAACACCCUUUCGUUUCACUUAAAGCAUUUGGUAAUGUCCUACAGAUCAGAUCAGUGUUUUCACGUUGGAUCACCUGCCUUAGAAAAGAGGAAACGUCUUCAAAAAUGUGGUGCUCUAACAUGCGGUUUGAGUCUGUCAUACACUGCUGCUAUUUUCAAUCUUGAAUGUGUAUAGAGAUAUUGUACAGUCAUAAAUCAGAGAGUACUAUUGUAUGCUUACAUACUAUAAAAACAGACAAUGCUAUAUCAGAUUUAAAUAUACAUAUUAUAUAUAUAUAUAUAAUGCAGAUGGAAAUUGCUAUAAUAAAACAGUUUGACAACUUUA